AUGCCUCGAGCCCGCUACAAGAGAAAAUGCGUUGUUGCGACCGCAAGCAGGGCGCGUAAAAGGAACCGCGCCGAUCCACCAGCUGCUGAAGAUGUCCAAGAGACCGACGACGACGAGACCCAAGAACAAGAACUUGAAGACGAGGCCGAAACCGAAUCGGCAGCAGAAGAGAUCCGAGCCGAAUGCGAGACGCUCAUCCGACAAGCGUUCGACGAGAUUGGGAUGGACGUUGACUCGUACCGUGUCUGUUUCGAUGCAUGCGUUGAGAAGGCCGUCAAUACUGGUAUCGUCCACGCCACAAGUUGGUCUAGAUGGGGCGGUUACAAAAACUUCAAUUUCAAGAUGACGUGCGUCGCCGUACUUUGCAAGACAACGGGCAAGCUACAUUGUCCAACUGCGCCAGCGAUGGUUGUAGCGUAUGUCCUCCUUCGAGUUCGCAAGAUUCCCAUACAAGAAGAUGCUCUGGCCCAUUCGAUGCUACGAAACAACCCGGAUGCUAUUCUGAUGCUCCAGGAUACUUUCGAGCAGCCAAGUUCAUGGCCACCAAUGAAACGCAACAGAGUCAGGGAACAAGGGCAAUUUGCCAAUGUAGCCGUUGCCACCCAUUUCGACUCCGGAAACCUACAUCGCGGGCAGCUACUCUUGAAGUCAAAAAGCCAAGAGGCAUCCGACGCUGCUCCGGAGAGUGAUCAGACGUAUGAAGAAGUCCAAGUUACAUGCACGGUUACAAGGCAAGAAGCAGAGCAAGCGCUUGAAGGCAUCAUCGAGCUCCUCAGAAAUCUCGAGACACCUGAAAGUUCUCUUCUCAAGCACCUUACGCUGCCAAGACUCAAGGUGCUCUCAGUUCACGAUAAGAGACUUGUUCUUUUAUGGGUGAACAGUUCGAAUCCCGAGCUAUUCUUGGGAUGGAAAAAAGAGACUCAAGAGGAUCUUGAGCAAUACCAAUGGACUGAAACGGUGAAGAGAAAGCUACCGGUGACGCGGACUGGCGAUCCGGGAGAGACAGCCUUCCAGCGAAUGGAAGAAAGUGCCAAGACUGGCCGAAACCCUUCCAACCCCGAUGACUUGGCUUUGUUGAGAAGAAUCUUCGAGGAUCAAGAGAGACGUGGGAUCGACCCAGCCUUUUAUCAAAAGAUGAGCCAGUGGAUGUCGAGAAUAGAGCACAAGGUGGAUGAACAGGCGGCUACCACCGCCAAAGUGCUCAAGAAGAUGGACAAGCUGGAUUUGGUGGAUGAACAGGUGACUGGACAGGCGGCCAACAGUGCCAAAGUGCUCAAGAGGCUGGGCUUGAUGAUGGCCAAGCUGAACGAGACGCCCGAACCGACGACGGAAGACGCGGAGUCGUGCCAUUCGGGCGACAGUCUGAUGGACACCGCUAUCAAGGAUUCUUUCUGGGAUGAUGAGGAAUGGAGGGACUAG